ACCCGUUUGGUAAUCUUUCUUUAGCAAAGAGACAAAAAGAGAAGUCUUGUAUGAGUAAAUUUUAAAACAGUACUUCCACCUUAUGAAAUGUAACUUCGAAAUAGCGCACAGAGAUGUUGUCGCUUAAUUAUUUUCGGCUGCUGUUAACCUUAAUGCAUGAUACGUUUUGAUUCGGUGACAAACUAAACAUGCUAAUGUUAGCUAUAGCUGCUAGCUUGCUAUCGAAGUAAGGAGUCUCCUCUAAAUGUCAUAUCGUAUUGAAAGUUGACGGUGCCCACUGUAAAUCGGCUUAAAUGGGGUUUGUUAGAGCUUUGGCAUCAACCAGGUUCCUCUGUUUGUUCAACGGGAAAGCAGCAAGUUUGACCAAAACAUUAGUUCAUGCUGGGUGCUGCAACUUCAGGAGAAAUGUCUGCAGUUCACCUUCAAGACUGCAGAGCUGCAUGUCAGCCUGGGUCAUCGACCAGUAUGGUACUAAUGGAGUUUUGAGGUUCACAGAAGAUAUCACCAUACCAGCUAUUAAUUCUGCCAAUGAAGUGUUGAUAAAAGUCAGUGCAGCGGGUUUAAACCCUCUGGAUGUGUCUAUGAGAGGAGGAUAUGGGGCAGCAUUGCUGAACUUGAGAAGGGAUCCCUUAUCUGUGAUGAAUACCAAUAGUGAGUUUCCACUCAUUCUGGGUCGGGAUCUGUCAGGUGUAGUGGUGGAUUGUGGAUCUGGGGUAACACACUAUGCUCCUGGAGAUGAGGUGUGGGCUGCGAUUCCUCCUUGGAAACAAGGCAGUCUGGCAGAAUAUGUGACUCUGACAGAAUAUGAGGUUUCCCAUAAGCCGAAAUCCCUGAGUCACAUAGAAGCAGCGUCCAUCCCCUACGUAGCCAACACUGCUCUGUCAGCACUCGUCAGUGCAGGUGGUGUUUGCAGGGAAAACGCUUCAGAUAAAAGAGUUUUGAUCAUCGGAGCAUCUGGAGGUGUCGGAACAUUCUCUAUUCAACUAUUAAAGGCUUGGGGUGCACAUGUUACCGUCACCUGCUCUCAGAACGCUGAAGGCCUCCUUAGAGGGCUGGGGGCUGACGAGGUAGUGGACUACACAGCAGGAGAUGUGGCUGAACAGCUGGAUAUGAUGGAGAAGUUUGAUUUGAUUUUAGACAACGUAGGAGGCGAUACAGAGCAGUGGGCAUCGGGCCUGCUGAAGCCAUGGUCGGGGGCAAAGCACGUCACACUGGUAUCCCCGUUACUUCUCAACACGGACUCCAUGGGCCUGUUAGACGGGACGUUUCACGCUUUGUUCAGUCUUCAUAACCGAGCCUUUCAGAACAUAAUAUCAAACGGAGUCUUCUACAGGUGGGCUUUUUAUGCUCCAGAUGGACCUGCCUUGGAUGAUGUCUGCAGGCUGGUGGAAGCAGGAAAGAUCCUGCCAGUCGUGGAAGCCCAGUUUCCAUUUGCUCAGGUGCCUCAGGCUUUCCACAAGCUGGAAGAGGGUCACGCCAGAGGGAAGACGGUGAUAAAGGUCACGGAAGAAGAUGACAGCUGUACGGAGGACGAGGCGCAACAAGCAGCACAGUAAAACUAAAGAGGCAAAGCAAGUGCCAAGAGAAUUACUCCCAAGACUCUUUUUACCUUUACAAGUCCGCGCUGGACAGCAGACUGCAGAAUCCACAUAGAAAAGCUGUUUGCAGCAGAUAACAAGCAUGACUCGUGUCCGUAAGAAGAGCUGAAGGUUGUUCUUGUUGGAGUUUACACCUUUGAGUACUGUUAUGAGGCACUUAUUUUACAUCUGAUGAUAAAAACACAGGUGCUGGUCAUAAAAUG